AUGAACUUCCGUUUUGUAUUCAGCUACGUUUUUCUAGUAUUUUGUCUCGUGAAGACUUCAUGCGAUGCCUACAAAAUAGGAGCAAUAUUCCGAGAACGAGAAGAUGCACAUCUUGAAGCAGCACUCAGAUACUCUGUUGAAUGGCUUUCUCAACGUGGAAUCUAUGGAGAUAUCGAUUUGGUUAUUGAGUACAUUAAUGUAUUGGAUCACUAUGAUGCAAUCAAAAAAGGUAUUUUGUAA